AAGUGGGGUCGGGAGGGAGUUCUUCCUGUUUUAACUGGAAACCCUCAUCCCGGGAAAACAUUUCUUUAAAAAACAAAUAAAUAAAUAAAAGAAACGGCUGAGAUACUGCGCCCAGCCCACGCUGAGAGGGGGCCAACCGCCAUCGCUUCAGUUUGGGCGGGAGCGGCGGCGCGGAAAUCGUCCCACAGCGCAGCCCGUCCCGCAGCCCAGCCCCGCCUCUGUCUUCGCCUCAAGCUCCAGGCCGGGCUCGGCUCGCAAUGGAGAAAUACGAGGUCCUGGAGCGGCUGCAGCCCGGGGCGUUGGGCACCGUGCUGGUAGCGGGACUGAAAGCGGAAAGAAGCGUGAAGGAGAGAUUUGUAAUUAAGCAGGUUGAAUGCAUUGAUGAAAAUCAAGCAAAUGAGGCCUUGAAGGAGGCAAUGGGUUUGCUAAAACUUCAUCAUUCAAACAUCUGUGUUUACAAGGAAUUGUUUGUGACUUGGGAUAAUGAGAUAUCAUCUCUGUUCCUCUGUCUGGUAAUGCAGCACUCAGGCCAAGUAGAUCUUUCAUCUCUGAUCAAGACAAAAAGGCAGAAGCCAGAGAAAAUAGCAGACAUGGUGGUGCUGAAAUUUCUGGGACAGAUGGUGGAUGCUUUGUUUUAUAUACACAAGCAAAAUAUUUUCCACAGAAAUCUCAAGCCAUCAAACAUACUUGUGACUGGCGAAGCAUCCUUCAAGCUUUAUGACUUCAGUACAGAAACACUUAUGACCGAUGAAUGGAAAUGGAAAAUAAGAGUAGAAGAAAAUUGCAAAUGUUGGAUGGCUCCUGAAGCAUUCAGUUUUUCUUUCAGUGAUAAGUCUGACAUCUGGUCUCUAGGAUGCAUCCUCCUUGACAUGAUGACCUGCUUUGUUUUGAAUGCAGAAGAAAUCACUUUGUUACUGCAGGAUAUAAGACGAGAUUCCAGCCAUCUUGAAAGAGUUCUGCCCCUAAUGCAAAAUGGAGAUAGUUCUUUGCCUUUAUUCCCAAUUUUAUCCAUGAUGCUACAGAUCCAGCCCAGCAUGAGACCCACAUCAAAGGAUCUGAUUGAUGUGCCGUUUAUUGGGGAAUGCCUGAUUGUUGCUGGUUCAUCUUUAAUAAAACACAGGAAUUCUUUGCCUUCCUGUGUAAUAGAUAUGUUCCUUAGGGGAGGAAUCGGAAGUAUUCUAGAAUUCAUGCAGGCUUUCUGGGAUGUAGAAGAAGCACAGAUUAGAACCAUGCAGCACCUCACCCGCUUAGUAGGGGAUAAAAAGGCUCUACCCUGCCUGCUAGCGUUCACAGAAUCGAUUGCUUUUGCUAUGAAGAGUCAUAUAGAUUCUUUCAAGUUACAAGUAGAGGGUUGCAGAUUAUUGCUUGAAAUUCUUAGUCAAGCUCUAGAACAGGAUGUGGUGGUGAUUCUGGAUGAGAAUGUGACCAACUCUCUGUUAGAGACGGUGAGAAGGCACUCUGAAGGUGAAGAAUUUCUUUCAUUGAUCUGCCCAUUACUGAUGAUGAUGUCAGCUGAUGAGGUUGCUGCAGAAAAUCUAAGGAAAGCUGGAUUAAUUGCAGAUCUUCUGUCAAUUUUACAAAACUUUACUCAUAAUGAGCAAAUCUGCCACUCAAGCUGUGCAGUUCUCUGGAGCUUGGCUGUGAGUGAGAACAACGUAGACCAAGUAAUGCUGCAAAGUGCUGUCCCCAUUAUCAUUGCGGUCAUUCAAGAGCACCUCCAGAAUGGAGCAGUUCUGAAGUCAGCUUGCUCGGCUUUGUGGGCACUGUCACUGCAAGGUUUUUUAACUGAAAGUGACUAUGAGCCCACAACAGCGCUUCUGAUGGAUGCACUUAGGAUGAACCUGGAAAAACCAAUGCUGGUGAAUAAUACCUGCCUGGCAUUAGCAAGCCUUCUAAGGCUAUCUGAAAUAGCAGCUUUCAGAUUUAUAACAGAUUCAAAAGGCAAUGGAAUAAACCUGAUCAAGGAUGCCUACCACUUCUACUGUGAUGAUCCACAAGUGGUGGAAAGUAUCUGCGUGCUGAUUAAUGAGAUGGUUCAAUAUGAUGACAUAAUGCUGGAAAUGGUGUCACAGCAAAUGGAAGAGCUGCUGUCUGAAAUCAAAAGCCGGUUUCCAUCUAGCAUGGAGAUUAUGACCCUUGUGGAUACAGCUCUUCUGAAACUGCAGGAGUAAAGUAAAAGCUUUCUGUAUAAGAACAAGACGUGUAGACUUCUGGCUCAGAUAUAAAAGCCUGGAUCACCCUGGAGUAUUUUACAAGAUAUUUCUCACCAGGAAGAU